GAUGGGCCACAACUUUGGCAAAGUUGGCGAAGAGUACGACGGGGGAUAUGUGUACACCGGCGCCAACUCGGCCACGUCGAUCAAUGCGGCACCGUGGACGCAUUGGUUGACUAACCCUGAUGUGAUCCGCGAGGAGAAGGCCGUCCAGCGGUUCCAAAAGCACAUCUGGUACGAUCUCCAGAAAGGCUCGUACCAGAUCAAGUUCAAGUCGAACGGCGCGUUCAAGCGAUGGUACAUCCAGCUGUCCGUGUCCGGCGCCGACACGAACGAUGCGCUUUCGAUCACGUUGAACGGCGAGCCGCUGCCGUGGACCACCAAGGGCGUCAAGGACCGCUCGUUUUACUCGUGGCGCAGCUCGGACGCGGGGUUCUCUGCCGGCGACCACGUGCUCAACAUCACCGCGGGCGGGUCGUUCGACAGCCCGAUCAUCAAGCAGCUAUGUAACGCCGUGAUCUAUGAAUACGCCGGUGAAGACGAGUUCAAGCUCGACGACAACGACCACAUCGGGUUCUACCCCACGUGGGACAUCAA